AUGGAAGGCGUGGGCAUCAAAGUUUCAAAGAAGAGGAAAAGAAAGUUUACGAUGGAAGUGACUGCGUGUGCGAAAACGUUCGUUCUCUCCGUCAACCAGUACAAGUGCAACUGUAGCAGUGAAGAUGCACAAUCACAUCUCAUGCGUCAGAUUGAUGUUUUAACAACGAUAACUGCAAAAGGUUCCUCUUUGUUAUUUUUUGAAUCAACUGAAAUUCUUCAAAGCGAAUGCAUGACAUCAAUCAUCAGCCUACUCAAUGACUACACGAUCAUCAAAUCUACUCCACUCAUCAACAAGACACUUUCCUUACUUAGUAAUUUAGCCAAUUCAGAUAUUGUGAAGGAUUGUCUAAGGGAUACAUUUGACCUACCAAACAUACUGCUAAAUGUUUUCAGAUCAACAUUAUCAUCAUCCGAUGAACUGAGCAUUUCAUUGUGUGUGAGGUUACUGCAGAAGUUGACAUACAAGGCAGCUCUCCCAUAUCCUGUUAUGAAGUUGAAUGAAUUGCUCCACUACCUCCUCCAACAAAUAUGUCAGGCAUCGCCAAGUGGAGAGUGUAUGCAGCCCUACCUGAGUCUGCUGUCGAACCUGACUCACGAGAGCCAACAUGUUCAGAUGUUCAUCAAGUCCAUUGACAAUUUGAAAGCUGUUCUGAAAAAGUUCAUGAGUUUCAUGAGCCAUACGAAUCAGAAGAUGUGCAUAUCAUCCAUUGCAAUCCUCCACAACCUCAAGCUUGACAAGUGCAUUGCUGGCCAGAUCUUCACCCCGUCAAAUGUCACUCAAAUAUUCCAACUCCUCUUCAACAUUCUGAACAACAGCAAAAUCAACAAAACCAACUCAGCACAACACUAUGCAGUCGAUCUAUACAAACACCUGAGUACAUGCCUGUCGCUGCUUAUCAAUGGGUUAUCCAUGCAAAAUGUCCAUCAUUUCAAUGUGAUUUUAGAACUGUUGAUAAACUUCUCUAGCGAGACGAAAUUAAAAGAAAUUAUUUUCAAAAUAAUUUUCGACAAUCCUCUGUGUCAGAGCGUUUCUCUUGACGUGGAAUCACUGGUGAACAAAACAAACAUUGACAACGCUCCUCAGCUUGAUACAUCAAACUACAACAACAGCACAAAGUACAACAACAACAUCAACAGCACUAACAACAACUAUCAGUUGGAAAUAAUGAACAUGAUGAGGGUGGAUAUUUUGAUUCCCGUUCUGUCUCGCCUUCUCAAUAAAUUGCUGUCUACCAAGAUGCUUAGUUCUAAAAAGUUAAUCAUCUGUCUGAGGAUUCUGAAAUAUAUCCUUUUGUUCAUGAUGUUUGCAUUUUAUUGA